AUGACUCGUCGAUUUGGCUUGCUGGUGGCCGUACCGUUGACCGCGGUCCAUGUGAAUUUUCUUCCCACUCUGCGCCGCUCGUCGUCGGUUGCACGCCCCGUCUUCGGCCGGAAGGCCUCGGCCAAGUCGUCCGGGGCCCCCGCGGCGCCCACCACCGGAAGCCGACGGUCCUUGAGCGGCCGCUACAAGGAGAAGCUGAAGCCGCUGGAGAAGGAAACUGCUGGGAGGUUUGUGGAUACCCACUGUCAUCUGGAUAAGGUCAUCCCACGACUCUCGAGACAAAGCCAUGAGGAUGCGAGAAGAGCAAAAGCAAAAGGCUUGGCGCCACCUCGGCAAAUGAAUGCAAGCUACAAGGAAUGGCGUGACUCCUUGGAGGGAUCGGAGAAUGACUUGGAAGCGUGUGUCAACAUCGGCUGUCAAAAGGCAGACCUGGAGCAAGCGGCAUCCUUCUUGAAGUAUGAUGGGAUCUACGGUGCCUUUGGCAUUCAUCCCCUCCAUGCGCACGACUGGGAUGAUGAGGUGGAGAAGAAGUUGCUGGCCAUGAUGACCAUGCAGAAGGUUGUGGCCUGGGGUGAAUGUGGUUUGGACUAUUUCGACAAGAAGACGCGUGGACAGGUGAAGGAUCCGAAGUUGCGAGGCUUGCAGCGGAAGGUCUUCGCGAAACAAAUGGACUUGGCGGUUUCUUUGAAGAAACCAUUGGUGGUUCACACCAGAUUUGCGGAAGAAGAUACUUUGGAGCUGAUGGAGAAACAUUUGCCCACAGAGCAUCCUGUACAUGUACAUUGUUUCACCAGCUCAAAUACAUUGGCGCAGGCUUUGUUGGAGCGUUUCUCCAGCCUGCGCCUUGGUUUUACUGGAGUUGUGACCUUCAAAAAUGCACCCGAAGUUCAAGAAGUGGUUCGAAACACGCCACUUGAGCGUAUCUUGCUUGAAACCGAUAGUCCUUACAUGGCACCUGAGCCCUUUCGUGGCCGCAUUGCACAUCCUGGUCACGUGUCAUAUGUGGCGGACAAAAUCGCCAGUCUCAAAGGGGUGUCACGAGCCGAAGUCUUGGCCACGUGUCGGAAGAGUACCCGGCUGAUCUAUGGCAUUUGA